CAAACAUUGGGGCUGUUUCUGUAAUGACCCCAACCCCAAACUAUCCCCAAAGGCCAUUUUGUCUUUCUUUAAAAGAGAAAGUAAGAAAGAAAGAAAGAAAGAAAGAAAGAGAAAGAGAGAGAGAGAAAGAGAGAGAGAGAGGAAGAAGAGGAAGGGAGAAAGCUCACCUGAGCUCGUCGCCGGAGCCACCACACGCCAGGACGUCGUCAAGCUCGUCACCACCAUCAUCCGCAACCAAAGAUUUGGAGUCCAUUUGAGCAGCUGGAGUUCAUAUAUACCACUUCUCUUCAUUGCUAAGAUGGCGCCCAGGAAGAGAGUUGUUCGUACUCAGACUGCCAGAGUUGCUAGAGAGGCUGAGGAUGAGCAUGUCCAGCCCGCAGUUCCGCAGCAGGCGGCUCCACCUAUUGAUCAGGAUGCUUUGAGACAGAUGGUUCAGGAUGCGGCUAGGCAGGCUGCACAGGAGACAGUCCAGCAAGCUGCCCAGGAGGCUGCCCGAAUAGCUGCUCAGGAGGUUGCCAGGCAGAUGGCUGCAGUACAGCAGGGUCCGCAGAUUCGCAUGCAGCAGGCUCCACCAGUUCAGGUUCAGCAUUAUCAUCAGGUUCCACAUCAGCCGGCUCCAGUCCAGCAGUACCCUCAGGUUCCUGUUCAGCCGGUUCCAGGAGUUUUUCAGGUUCCACCGCCGCCACCUGCAUUCCCAGUUCAGGUGCCCGAGGUUGAUGAGAUAUUUAUCAGGGUGUUGGGACAGAUGAAGUAUGUGAGUUUGGAGCAUUUCACUGGAACGACGGAACCUACAGUUGCUCACGAUUGGAAGCACAAUUUGGAUAAGUGUUUGAAGACCAUCUCGUGCCCACCAAGGCUCAAGCUAAACAUCGCUGAGUUGUAUUUGCGCGGAGAUGCAUCAAUCUGGUGGGAUGGAGUGAGAUUGAUGCACCGUGGCGAGCUGACAUAUGAUGAUUUUCUUUACGCGUUCAACAAGAAGUAUUUUCCGAGGGAAGCUUUGCAUGAGAAGAAGAAUGAUUUCGAGCAUUUGAGGCAGGGUACAAAGUCUGUCAGGGAGUAUGAGCGGGAGUUUAACCAGCUCCGCAGAUUUGUGGGUAACAACAUAGAUGAAGAGGAUCUGAUCAGGAGGUUCUUAGAUGGGAUGCGAGUAGAGCUUCGUGGUAGGUGCAGUGUGGUUACUUACACCAGUUUGGAGGAUCUGGUAGGGAAGGCGGCUGUGCAGGAGAAAUGUAUGGGUGAGGAGCAGAAGUUCUCCAAAGCAGUUCAGCCUAAGGCAGGAGGGGCUUCAGGGUCGCAGAAGAGGCCUUGGGAGCAGACUGUAGCACCCCGUUGUGGGCGUUGUCGUCGCCAGCAUUUUGGAGAGUGUCUCCAGUGCUUUAACUGUGGUCUGGUUGGGCAUAUCUCGAAGAAUUGUAGGAAGCCGCCACGUACUCAGGUUGCAGCGCCAGCAGCAGCAGUAGCACCAGCAGUGGCAGCGAGGAACUGUUACGGCUGCAACCAGCCGGGUCACAUCUACAGAGAUUGUCCGAGGAGAGGCAAUGCAGCGCUUCCACCACCACCGAAGCGUCCAGCCAUCGCUCCACGGGUCUUUACAGUUGGAGAUCCCCAGGGAGUUGAACCGAUAGCGGGAUCGGUUUCGGUUGGAGGAAAGUCAUCUCACACUUUAUUCGACACGGGAGCCUCUAAUAGUUUUGUGAGUCCACGCUUAGCCCAGUCUUGGCCUUUUCGGGGUGUCUUCGAACCGAAGGCUAAGAAGAUUCAGACUGCCGGCACGGAGAAGUUGGGAGCAGUCGGCAUUCAUCGCAAUGUACCAGUUAUUCUUGGAGGAGUUGAGUUUCUCGGAGAUUUGACGGAGCUGGAAAUGAGCUGCUACGAUGUUAUACUUGGAAUGGAUUGGUUGUCACGACAUCAAGUAGUGUUGGAUUGCCUGAGGGCAAGAGUUCCGAUUGCUGGAGCAGAUGGAAGUUGUUAGUGCAUGCAUGCUACAUACUGAGGAGUUAUGGGAUACAAGGAUAUAUAGAUUUUUUACUACCAUCUCGAUGGUUAAGGAUGAUGGACAACAUGAGCUGCAGGAUCUUCCGGUUAUUGCAGAGUAUGAGGAUAUAUUUGUGACCUUUGGAAAGGCCACCACGAGACACAUGAGAUGCUCUUGCAAUUUUAUUUUAUUUUGGAGCAAACAACACUGGUUUCACGAGUUUCUUAUCGUCUAUCACCAGCAUGGAUGACUGAGUUGAGAAAGCGAUUGGAGAAACUCUUUGACAAGGGAUUUAUCAGAUCGAGUUCUUCCCCAUGGGGAGCAUCAUUGUUGUUGUAAAUAAGAAAGGUGGGAGUUUCAGAUUUUGUAUCGACUAAAUAGACUUGAACAUGAUAACCAUCGUAUUGAUGAGUUGUUAGAAGAGCUUAAUGGAGGUUCAUCGUUCUCGAAGUUUGUCUUGGCAUCAAGAUACCAUCAGAUUGCUAUAGCUGAGGAGUAUGUACGGAAUGCAGAUUUCCGUUAUGGAUAUUAUGAGUUCAUAGUGAUACCAUUUGGGUCGACAAAGGCACUGUUGCAUUCAUGAAGAUAUGAAUGACGUUUUCAUGAACAUUUGGAUAGGUGUGCGAUUGUAUUCAUCGAUGACAUCCUGAUUUAUUUUGGAGAAGAAAGGAGAUUUGUGAGCAUUUCGCGGAUUGCGUUGGAUAAGCCUGGAGAGCAUCAGUUGUUCGCUAAGUUGAGGAAGUGUAGCUUCUGGCAGAGGAAUGUUGUAUUUUUGGCUGACAUGGUUUUGGAAGCAGAAUUUUGAUGGAUCCAAAGAAGAUUAAUACCGUUUCGGGAAGGUCGAAACUAAGAGCGCUACAAAGAUCUGCCGUUUUUUUUUUUGGGUUAAUAGUGUACUACUGGAAGUUCAUCAAGGGUUUCACCGGUAUAGUAAUGUUAAAGACGCGGUCUACAUGUAAAGACGUUAAGAGUGGAUUGGAUUUAAAUUAAGGUAUGAGGAUUAAGUCAUUCAUAUGCAUCACGCCAGAGAGGCUGUAGUGGUAUUUGCGUUGUCGUUUUGGAGAUCGUAAUUGUACGGGAAGGAAGUUCAGAUUCUCUGGGAUUAUUAGAAUGUGAAAUUUAUCUUCAUUUAUUAAAAACUUGUACUUGGACAGUGCAGUUGGAUUGAGUUGUAGCAGGCUAUAGUCUGGAUAUCACAUACUAUCUGGUAAGGACAACCAGGUGAUAAAUGCCUUGGGUAGGCGUAUGAGCUGUACCUCAGGAACCAAGAAGGUUCGUGAGUUGGAGAUUUGCUAAUCUCAGAUUGUGUGUUAUUACCGUCAAAGGAAAGACAUAUAGCCUUAAGGCUUGGAGCAGGCAGUUUUGCUAUGGAGGAUACACAAGCACGAGUUAGCAUUAUGGAUUUGGUUGAACAGAUCGAGAUUGGGAGUAUUGGAUAUCAUACAGCUUUGAGCAGGAUAUACUUGUACUGAAACCGAGUUUGUGUGUUGGACGAUAAGUUGUUAAGAAAAGGAAUCUUACAACAAACAUAUCACUCGUGUUUCUCUACGCAUCGGGAAGACCAAAGGGUACAAAGAUAUGAAGAGUUAACUAUAAUUGGUAUAGUAUGAAGAUGUUUGUAACUACAUUGCGUCGCAGUGCCAGACAUGUUAUAUGGCAAUGACAGAGGAUCAGUUAUCUAUCAUGUUAUUUUUAAGCUUGCUUUUGCCGGAAUGGAAAUGAGGCAUGGUGAUUAUGGACAUUGUUAUUGGAUUUUAAAUCACCAUAUGUGGAAAGGAUGCCACAUGGGUAGUCAUGGAUAGACUUACCAAGUCAGCCCAUUUCCUAAGUAAUUAAGAAGAUAAUCAGGGCUAAUCAAUUGGAGCAAACCUACAUUAUUGAGUUUGGGAAGUUUCAUGGAUGUCAACAUUGUAUCGGAUUGGGAAUCGAAGUUCACAUCUACAUUUCAGAAAGCCUUUCGGAAGGCACUUGGGGCAAAGAUCAUAUGAGUACAUCUUAUCACCCGUUGACAUAUUGUCAGUCAGAGAGGACUACUCAGAACUUAAAUGAUAUGUUCUGAGAUUGCGUGGGAUGGAAUUUCGGAAAGCAUCUACCUUUACCAGAGUUUGCCUACAUCGACAACUAUCUUUUGAGUAUUGAAAAAAAAAAAAAAAAAUUUUACUAUACAAGGGUUAUUGAUGGUAGACCUUAUAGUAUACCACUUUGUUGGACCAAAGUGGGGUAGCAAUAUGAGUUAGAAAUAUUAAUGGUUCAAGAGAUGGUAGAGCAAAGGACAUGCUCAAGGAUUGGCUUUCGGAAGCCCAUGACGUCAAAAGAUUUAUGCAGCUAAGAGCCGUAAGGAUUUGGAGCUACAUAUGGGCACCUAAUAUACCUGAAAUUAAGGACAUUUCAGGAGGGACCUAAGACUCAGAAGAUAAAGGAGCUUAAACCGAGACAUAUGGAAUUGUAUCCUGCACUGGAGAGGAUUGGAUUAGUUGCUUGCAGUUACUUUAUCAGCAGUAUAUCAGCCUUCUAGGACUUGAUUCAUAUGACAGCAUUGCAAAAGUUGAGAAGGAGCUAUAAUUAUUUUGCAGUUGACGUCAAGUGAGUUCAUAAAGAUUUUAUGGACCUUAUCAUCUAUUGAAGAUUUUGGAUCAUCAAGAGAAAACAGUUCGGGGAAUGUCGACUGUGUUUGUCCGAGUUCGUUGGGAGGGAGAUAAGACUCAGGAGGAGACCUGAAAGGCCGAGCGAGGAUUAGUAUUCGAAGUUUUGGAGGUUUUGCUACGAUAACAUUGGGCAUGUCAGCUUAUGACUUGAAUUCGGGGACGAAUUCCUUAUAAGUGGGGGAGAAUUGUAAUGACCCCAACCCCAAACUAUCCCCAAAGGCCAUUUUGUCUUUCUUUAAAAGAGAAAGAAAGAAAGAAAGAAAGAAA